AUGGAAUUCAGCCUGACUCUCGGCAGCGUGGGGGAAAUCAUCGCCGUCUCUCAGAUUAUACUUGAGCUUAGGCACAGCCUUGGCACCUCGGCUGAGUCUGCGAGGCAGUAUAAAGAGUUACGCGAUGAGCUGGAUAGCUUCGUUCGAAUUUUGAUGCAGGUCAUCGCCACUUACGAGCAAUACGAACCGAGUCCGUGGUUGGACUCCGUCGAGAAGGAAAUUAAACUUGCCAUUCACGACUGCGCCGGUGUCGUGCGAGGUGCUCUCGAACGCUUUGUGCCCAAAUACAAUCAAAGCUUACAGCCCGGUGGCUCGGGGAGGAUGCUUAGAGAUGUGUUUAAGAAGGUUGAGUGGGUUUUUGCGGAAAAGAAAAAUCUGGAUAAGCUACAUAACAAGCUCAGAACCUAUUCAGAUCGCAUAGCACUUCUGGUUGCGAUUGCCGGUCGGCAAUCCGCGCGAGUCGACAAUAGAACAGUGUUGGAGCGAAUAGAAAAAGUCAGCCAACUUCUUGCGAACCAUGAAAAAACGCUGACCGAUAUGCACGAAGAGCAGGUCCGCCUGUGCCUUGACAUUAGCAAUCGAUUGGUCAUGAUGGAGAGAGAUAGCCAUACCAUACUGCCAUGGGUGAAGAUGACGUACGAAACUGUCGGGGAGAUCAAGGAAAUGGUGGGAAACGUGACCAGGCUUGUUGCCAGUAUGCAGUCUCUGGCAUCAGACUCGCUGCUGUUCCGAACCCUUGACCCGACUCGGGAAAAGCCUGUGCUGUUGGAAGAUCCGCUAGGUCAUAUUGUCGAGAUUCCCAUGGACUGGAUUCAUGACUGGAGCGGGUUUCAAGCACUGCUCGAACAUCGUUUCCAGAAAUUGAACGGCUAUCAGUUGGUCGUUGAACGCAAGUACUCCUUGGAGGACAGCUGUACCGGAAAGGAUAUCACUUUUGAUGCCCCGUGGUCUAGCAGCUUUCGCAGAGGGAUGAAAGUAAACAUGAGCAUGAUCAUAAGUACUACGGUGUUCCGGUCUGCCCCGUCACCGACGAACCCUGCAUGCCCAAGAUGUCUCACAGAGGCGGACGUGGGAAAUAAUGCCAGUAUCUGUUGUGCAAACAAAGAAUGCGGAAUGUGGUUUCGAGUCAUUCAGCAAGCAGCACCAAACUUGGCCGCCCAAAACGGUGCUGCGGAUAUCCUUGGAACCCGCCCGACCGCGAGAAUGCAAGAGGAAAUAAUCCGGCAGUUUCAGCGAGUAAGGGUAAUGCAAUCCGUCACUGUCAGGCGUUUUGCAGGAUGGUGGCAAUGUGUUCGUAAUGGCCCUUGCGGUCCUGGCGAAGUUGUCCUAACCUUACAUAGUGUAACUGUUCUGAGGGUUGGUGGUCGGUCGAGGGCGACUUGA